CAUCAUUCAAUUCCAAAACAAACAACCCACAGUGAUGGGAAUGAGUGCAGAAAGUUUCAAAUUAUUCCGUACUCGAGAUGCCUUACCAAAAUAAGCCAACUAGGCAAGCUCCCGUUACGAGAUCGGCUAGUGCUGAUACAUCGAAAGUAAGUCCAGAAAAACGUGCAACUCCGUCUAGAAGAAAACGAAGAAGAUCCAGAACAUGUAGUUCCAGUAGUGCUACCACCAAUCCCGACGAGCUAGAGGAUCAAACUCUCGAUGAAACAAUCCAACGAUGUGCGGAUAUGAAUAAUCUUACGCCGGAAUGCAUUAGGAAGCUGCUGAAGAAGUUAGUAAUGAACGAACAUGUAUUAGCGAUAGUGAAACUCAAGGAGGAAGAAGUGUUGCCACAGUCGGAUUCGGGUGGUGAUGGAGACGGGGAAGGCGAAGGCGAUGAUGAAGAUGAGGAGCUAAAUUCACUUCAACCAAAGCUGACGAGAUUGAAGGCGAAACAGCUGAACAAACAACCGUUACCCAUAGUUCCACUGAAAGCUCCCAUACCAGAUGAGGAAGUGGCUGCUUUGAUACGGGAAGAACUUGGUUCUGACGAUGAUGACGAGGAGUAUAAACCGACUGAAGGCGACAUCUCUGAUGACGAUCCGAACAAUACAAUCUCAGACAUUGAUUCACAGCCAAGAACGCCUGCUACUCCAGCACAAGUGACAGGAACAGAAGCAGAUGAUGCAAACGCACAGCUCUACACCAAAGAUGGACUUUUCAAAAUUCCACGAGCAAGAAAUGAUAGUAAUUGCUCCUAUUCCGAACAGGAGCAGGAAAAUAUUGCACGCAGAACCAGAUCUAAACUGUGUUUGCAAACAACAGCGAUUGAGACGAUAGAAUCUACAUUUAUUCCGCCGGACAUAACCACCGAUAUGUACGAGUUCGACUGUGACAUGGAUCACGUGUGGAAGGAGUUCUUGAAUGAAUUCACCAAACCAUUACCAAACAAUGCUGAAGACGAUGACGACACUGAUCCCGAAUAUGUCGCGGCGGAGAAAAUACCAAUGGAUCCCGAAGAGCUUCGUGAAGUAAAGGUUUCCAAAAAAGAGCUCAACGAGUUGGUAUCCGAACUUCUUGAAAUGAGCGGUAUCAUGGAUGAAUCAUACCUGGAUGAAACUGUAUUCAACGAUGCAUUAGCUAACGAAAACAAUAGUCAAAAACAGGAUGAACAAACAAGUUUAAGGAGUACAGAAAGUUCACAGAUUCAUACUCCGCAACCGGAAGAAUCUGGAUUGUCGAUGCAUGAGCAAUCUUCUUGCUUGAAUGGAACUGUAAAUUAUCCAGUAUUUCAACCAACCGCCAUGUCAACUCCCACAGUUCUUGUUGUAAAUAGACAAACAGAGUCAAACACUAUCACACCAUCUGUUGCUCUCACAUAUCCUCCAUCAAUUGCAUCAACCCAAAUCACGGAUCGCCCCAAUGGUCAAAUGAGCAGCAGCACAUUUCGUUCUCCGAAUGGAACGACACAAGGACAAUACUUCAUCCAAGUAUCAAAACCAGAUGAAUCUAGUUUCCGCGAAUAUUAUCAACCUUCCUAUAACAACGUGCCAGCCCCAGUGGAAGAACGACCCUUUGUUAAACCAUCGGAGCGAAAAUAUCGCUAUUUGUACAAUGUUUUACCCGCUCCGAUUAUUUUCCCUGAAGGACAUCAAGGGUUCACCGACUUUCAACUACAAUUAUUUCAUCAACAACUGAGAAUACAUGUCCAAUUAGCCGCACAAAGUUUCAUGCAAUCUUACGCACAUCCCAAAUUCUGGAGAUUAGCCACUUCUUUCAAGCAAAUGUUGCUGGAUUUGCAAGAAGCUUCUUCCACAAACCCUGCUAUCAAGGCAUUCAACCUUGAUGUCGCUAUCGAAUGUUGUACAUCGUGGGAGGAUGAGUUACAAUUGGAGACAAGCGAGAACAACGAGAUGAUACAAUACCUGCUGGAAGAAGCAGAAAAGGCCGAAAAAGCGAAACAAAAUGGGAAAUACUACCAAGGUGGAUUCCACCCAAAACUAAUGGAAAAAAUUAUCAACUGUACCGCAUUUAUGUACCCCAAAUUAUUGCCGUACACCCCGUUCCGCAUGGAUUUUAGAGCCGAAAAACGAAUCAUCAGAGCAGAAGAACGUCUCUUUGCAUUCGGUCUGGAAAUGUUUUAUCCCAUUGCUAAAGAAGAACUCGACAAACACAAACCGACACGGGGGAAAACUCCAACCAUACAACAGGUUUGUCGAUUCAUCAGUAGGUAUCUCUGCCCGUUACAUACCGACGGGAAAAUUUACGCGUAUGUUAUCUCUCGUCGACAUCGUGCUACCAAUAUGAACCCAAUCAAGUAUUAUUUCUUGCAUGCAAAGGCGCUCCCAUAUCAGCACACCCUUGAAAGCAUCGAUUUGAACAAUGUAAUUCCGCCGGCCGCCUACCAAUGCGGUAUAUUACCUCAUCUCUGGGACAAAUAUCUGUACUCGAAUGCGAGGUUAGCAAAAAUUAAUGGAUACACAGUACAGAAAACUGCCGAAAGCCAACCAGAGGAGUUAGCCUGCAAUCAAGAACAAUCGAACGUAAAUAUCACAGUUAGUAUUGUGCUAGAUGCGCAGCAGUCUUCCUACAACGAGAGUAAAGGACCACUAUACAUCAACCCACUAUUUCUGGAUCCCACGUAUGAUCUGAAAGGACACCGAAAUAAUAAAAGUUCACCAAAGGAGGAUUAUGAAUCGGCGGUUGUUGGAGUAGAACCCAACAAGUGGCCGGAUCAACCCACUGCUGUCAACAAUUCGAUCAAAAAUAGUGAUGAUUCGCCGGAAAUAACUCACGCAAACGGACAAGAUGUUCUAAAGAAAUUGAACGAACCAUCUCCUUGUUGCAACUGUAAUUGCCACAAAACUAACGAGUCAACAGAUGAUGAUAUUUUGAAACGCCGUUUGGGUAAAGGCCAGAAGAAAGUAACAGAUUACUUCCAGUUGGCUCUCAAGUCCCAAGUGUCGGUUAAUGUGAACGAUUUGAAGGAAAAGCUUUGGGAAAUUUAUCAGCGUUUCAGGAAUUCGUAUGAAGAACACAUUGUUUUGGGGAAUUAUGUUUCGCAGCGAGUAUUGAAACAUUUUAAGCUAAUAGAAGGUUUUAGUUAUUUUUUAGACGAUCUCAAGGAAAUGAGUUCCUCUCAUGCGAUGAAGAAAGUUGAAGGGGAAACUCAGAAGAACGAAAACUGUUUUUCAAAUGCGUCUGUUCAUAAGAUGUUCAAGUUUGCCAGUGCCGAAGAGAAGGAUUCAAAUUAUGCCUAUAAUUUUUUGGAGAAGGUUGAAAAAAGGCUAUUAGAUGAGAAUAAGCAUGCUCAAUUUAAGAAAUUUCUCGAGAUACUGCAAACAUUUAACGAGAAGGAUCGCGUAGCUGAUCUAUAUUAUAAGAUCGAAAGCCUACUUGUUGCGGACCAUCCGGAUUUGGUAGACUUGUUUCUAACUUUCUUGCUUCCCGGACAAGCCGCUGAAGUUGGAAAAUUUUUCGAACAUUUCAUCCUCACCAAUGCAAAUGAUUUUCUAACGAAGUUGAAUAUAUAUUUCGCAAAGCAGCCUUCUCAAAUCAAAAAGAUUUACUCGUGUUUAAACGAUCUUUCGAACGAAAAAAACGUCACAAUGGAUUUGAUAAAAUUGCGGAUUCUUCCACUGCUUAAGGGAAAUCCCUUACUUAUCGAAUGGUUCCUGCAGCUGUUCCCUUCGGAAAAGCCACCUGAGAGCAGCCUUUCAGAUCAUGAAGUGAUUUCCACGAAGAAACUUUCCAUGUUGGACUCCCCUGAUGCGAUUCAUACGUAUGAAGAAGUUUCCUUCGGUGAUAUUCCGUCGGAAUCAACUGGUGAAAGUACUAUAUGUGGAACGAAGUACAUCCAAGGGAGAAUCAUAUAUGGAACGUUACCUGCAAGACUUUCUUUCCUAGCGCAUAAUUGUACUAUAUCGCCGUCUCAGAAUGGUAUCUCGCAACCUAAAGGUUGCAUGCACAAUGUUAAUGUACGCAAUGUCGAAAAAUCCAGACAAAGUGCCGAUUGUGAGGAUCAGAACCAUACCCAAGACGAAAAUCAAGAGACACAACGCUACAAACUUUGCGAUGACACAACAUUCAAAGCACACGCAAUUAGACUGAAUCCGCUGGUGCACUCAGGGAAGGGAAUCAAUUAUUCCGAUGUGGCUCAUCUUCUUAUUCCCGAAUCGGGAGUCUCUACUGAAAGUAACUCGUCGGUGGAACAAGACAAACAAACAUCUCCAAAGAAACAACAGAUGAAAACAUUGAUUAAGAAACGGAUAAAUUCUCCUGUAAACAAAAAACCUAGCUUGGGGAAAAGUUCACCCACAACCAACAAAAAAGCACCCCAAGUCACUCCUUCCGAUUCAGGUGUAAUUAGUGUCUCGAAGAAGUUGAAAAGCAUGAUUGACGAAUCUAGCGGAGCGGGCUCGGACAAAUUUACACAGGCUUCCUCCCCCUUGACUAUGAAACGGAAACCAGUUGCAAUGUCGACGCCAUCUGUACCGGUUCCGACGAAAAAGGAGAAAAUUAUUAAAAAGCCAUCCGUGGAGCAAUCUCUCCCCGAAAAUAAAACAGAAGCAUGCGAGCCAAAAGAGAAAUCGAGUACCCAUUGUUGGACAAGGGAUGAAGACAAAGUGAUAUUGGAGGAAAUUAAGAGCGGAUAUAGCACCGUAGAUGAGUUGGUGGACCGAAUUGGUAGGAAGAUUGAGAACCGAAAUUUCAGCGAAAUCAAAGAUAGGUAUGAGUUUCUUAUGGAUGUGUUGAAGAAGGUACAGAGAGCAAACUAAAAAAAUAUCAUUGAGUACGACGAGUAACACACUUGACUGUUGAUGGGGAGUGAUUCGCACGAUUUUGUUUUAAUUUUAUCAAACAUUAGCUGUAUAUAUUUAUAAAAAUCAUUGACGUUAUACAUUUCUAGUGCUAUUGUAUAGAACCGAAACGGAAGCUUCCCGGAGGUCUGAAAUAUGUAUUUGGAAUCCUUCACUCAUUAUUGUGUUUAAGGCAAAAGGUUUGUCUCAUUUGUGUUUCCCAACUGAACCAAAAUAAACAAAGGUUGAACAAACUAAAUUUUGAUUCGUUAGUUCACUUUCAAGCAGUUUUUUUCACAUCGAACCUAUUGUGCCUUUUUUCAUCUAAUGACAAUGACAAUGGACAAUGGGCCUGAUCACGAACGUCACUUCACGGUGAAAACGAAGUGAAUUGUAUACAACCUUAUUACGGCGGUCACCGUGUGUGUAGAAUCCAGAAGAGUUCAUCCGUCGUGACAACUUUGAUGAGCUAGGUGUUAUUAUGAAUACCACGAUACUGUCACGUCACGGGGAAAAACAAGUAUAGGGCCUGAUCACGAACAUCACUGUCACCUACACUUCACUUAAUCUUUUUGUAUCUAUCAUCAUUGUCACGGACAGUUGCGUGUAAAAAAAAUACUCCGUGAAGUGAAAGAGUUCAUUCCUGUUUAUAAGAGACAUUUCAGAUGCAUAGUUUCGGGUGUUUGAACGUUAUGUCGGUUGCAUAAUUUCGGACGUUUGAACAUUAUG